CUUCGACUCAACCGCUUCCCGGCGUGUGCGAGCGAGACAACGAAGCUAUCGCUGUCGCGGGCAGCGGGCUGCCGCGGACAGCGGGCCACCGCGGCUCGCCUGCGCAUCCGCGCGCCCCACCGACCAGUCAGCUGUUACACGCCACGACAUACGCCCGCGCUCGCGCUCUUAAUUUUCUUAUUGUUUGCUAUCGACCCCACCAUAUGGUCCUUCUACCGUCACGUUGGACUAUCGCGCAUCGUUAGAACAAAGAAAAAUUCAAAUCGACGGUUCUGCAAGUCAUCGGGCUGUGAAUUUUUCCAAGUUUGUCAUCGUAUCUGCUUCAAGAUAAUCAUCAUCGUGCCAGCAUCCAGUUCUUCGGUGUCUGCAUUUGGACAUCGUGAACAUCGGCGCGGCUGCAAAUUAGCCGUCUAAGCCGUCUUCAACCCAACGGACAUUCGAAGAAUUUGAAAUUGAACUUCACAACGGCUGCAAACAUAUAAUACAUCUUCAAAAUUGUCGUCGUGCAUCGAGAAACGUGAAGAAUCUCCUCAUCACCAUCUUCAUCAGUGGUUUGCGCAACAGAACUGUGAGAUCGUUCCAAUUUUUCCUUUUUUAACUUUAAUCAUCAACACCGUAGUAAAAAAUUAAUUUCAUAUAAAUCAUUUCAUCGCAUUAGUAUUAUUGCACUUCAUUCAAAUCAUUUUAACUUCGACCUUCAUUGAAUUUGCUGUUUCAUCUCUUCAAAAUUCAUUAUUUUUUCUCAUUAUUUAGUUAAUAUUCACUUAGUGCCUAUCAUAGUCAUUCGUCAUAAUUCAUUUAUCAUCGUCAUCUUCUUAAAUCCCAUUUAAUUAAUAUUAUUGUGUUAGUUCCUUUGUUCCUGUGAUUUAAGGUUAGUUCUAUGACUCAUAUUUUCUUCACAGUGACAAAGCAAUUUGACAUUUAGCUAAACGCCUAUAAAAUUGUCAGAGCAAUUCUCGCUUAAACAACUUAGUGCUAUUGCAUCAUUGCAGUAUAUUUGCUAUUAUUUUUUCAAAAGGUACCAGAUUUAUUUUAUAGCUUUUUUUUCCUUCUACUUUUAUCUUGCCUCCAUCUUGCAAUAUCCAUCUUCGUCAUGGCUGAUAUUAAAAGCUUUAUAAAGAAGCGAGCAUCAUUUAAAGCUAAGCUUACGCAAUUUUCUUCUUACUUAAACAUAGCUCAAUCAUGUGAAAAGUUAAGUGAGGUUCAACUCAUUGAAAUUGAACAUCGCCUUAGUACAUUUGAAGGUUUAUAUGAAAAAUACGACAUUUUACAGACGGAGUUGGAGGAAGCGGUGGAUGACCCCAGCGAGCAAUAUACGGAACGGGAGGAGUUCGAGAAGCAGUACUACAGCUUGGUGGCUACUGCACGGCAUCUCAUUGGCAUGGCUCGCAAGCAUCUUUCGAGGGACGCCGCGUUCGAGGUGGAGUCUGGUACUUCUCAUACACAUAAACACACAUCAGUUCGUUUACCCAAAAUUGAUUUACCCAAAUUCUCUGGCAGUUAUCAUGAUUGGUUAGAGUUUAGGGACACCUUCAUUUCCAUCAUUCACAAUAACGAAGGCAUAGACAACAUAAAUAAAUUGCACUAUCUUCGUGCUUCUUUGAAGGGUAGCGCUUCUCUUAUAAUUGAUAAUCUAGACUUUAGGUCUGAUAAUUAUGACGCUGCCUGGAAGUUGCUCUGUUCUAGGUACGACAACAAAAGACUGCUUGUCAAUAACCACGUUCAAGCCAUUUUUAGUGUACAAAAUAUCACUAAGGAGUCAACGCUCGUGGGGGUGACGGAUGCUGAAGGCCGCCCUCAUACUGCUCGAGUCUUGCUGGACAAUGGAAGUACCGCAAACUUCGUAUCUGAAGACUUCUGUCGGAAGCUACGUAUCCCUACUUAUUGUGUUGCAUCUAGAGUUAAAGGCAUAAACAAUCAAUCUUCUGAUUGUUCACAGGGGUGUACACUCUCUUUAAAUUCCCUCAAUGAGGAUUUUGAAGUUGAGUUAGAUUGUCAUGUCAUAGCAAAGGUUUCGUCAUCAGUUCCCAGUACAUAUAUUGACACCCAUAACAUAUGUUUACCCAGUAACAUAGUUCUUGCCGACCCUCGCUUUUAUACUCCAUCUUCCAUAGACAUUUUGGUUGGUGCAGAAGUAUUUUGGGGUAUCAUAGGCAUGAAUCGUAUUUCUCUGGGUAAAAACAUGCCUACAUUAUUAGAGUCAAAAUUAGGCUGGCUCAUAACAGGUGUUGUACAUCAACCUAACAAUUUUUCAAAUAAUUCUUCUUUCAUGCUCACAGAUGACUUGCGGCUGGGCUUGAACCGCUUCUGGGAGCUGGAUUCCAUUUCAUCAAAACACAAACUGACAUACGAAGAGCGAUCAUGCGAACAGAUUUUCGUAGAGACCACAUAUCGUGACACGGAUGGACGGUUUGUCGUUAAUAUUCCCCUUAAAGAAUCCCCUGAUGUGUUAGGUGACUCAUACUCAAUGGCCAAGCGUCGCUUUCUUGCUCUUGAACGUCGUUUAGCCAAAGAUUCAUAUUUAAAACAAUUGUAUGUAAAUUUCAUGGACGAAUAUAUAGAGCUGGGCCAUAUGUCUGAGUAUAGUCACUGCAACACAGCCUCCACACAUCCAAAUUACUUGCCUCAUCAUGGUGUGUUGAAGGAGUCAAAGUCUACAACCAAACUUAGAGUUGUUUUUGACGCUUCGGCUCGCACUACAACAGGUAAGUCCCUUAAUCAAAUUCAAAUGGUUGGUUCUCCUCUACAAGACGACUUACUAUCAAUUUUACUCAGAUUUCGUCAGCAUAAGAUUGUUGUAAGCGCAGACAUCGAGAAAAUGUAUAGAGUCACUCGCGUGAACGACAUACAUAAACCCUUGCAAACGAUUCUUUGGAGGGCAGAACCAACUCAUCCCUUAAAAACUUUUACCUUAAAUACGGUAACAUAUGGUACCGCUUCUGCCCCAUUCUUAGCAACUAGGUGUCUUAUGCAGCUUGCUCAGGAGUGUGAUGAUCCAUCAACACGCUCUACCAUAGAGCACGACUUCUAUGUCGACGACUAUUUGUCAGGUGGUUCAUCUGUUACAGAGACGUUGGACAGGUGUCGGAAUGUCAUAGCUGUUCUUAAAACAGCAAAGUACAAUCUGCGGAAAUGGCAAUCUAAUUCUCAAGCUGUACUUUCUGCUAUUUGCGAAGAUCAGGUUAGUUCUGAUUUAGUAAAUCUUAGCGAAAAUGAGCUGUCUAAGACUCUAGGGCUAGGCUGGAGGUGCUCCACUGAUACACUCUUCUUCUCCAUCCACCUUAAUCCGAACAUUAUCGUUACGAAACGUCAAAUCUUAUCAACAAUAUCACAAAUAUUUGAUCCCAUGGGCUUAGUUGUUCCCAGCAUUGUAGAGGCAAAAAUAUUAAUGCAGAAUUUGUGGCUGUCAGGUUGUUCCUGGGAUGAACCUGUUCCUGAAGAGGUCCAACGUACCUGGAGUGAGUUUGUGACCACUCUACCUCUUCUAAACGAGGUCAAAAUACCCCGGUGGGUCACUUGUGAAUCACUGGCGUCCUUACAGUUACAUGUCUUCACUGAUGCCUCUGAAAAGGCGUACGGUACAUGUAUAUAUGUUCGCAGUACAUCAGUAAGCGGGGAGGUUCGUGUUCAUCUUCUUACAUCUAAAAGCAAGGUUGCUCCUGUCAAAUCUACAACUAUUCCCCGCCUCGAACUCUGUGCAGCAUUAUUAGGUUCACGUCUUUACCUAAAGGUUCGCCAGUCACUUACAUUGAACUUUGACGACGUAUACUUUUGGUGUGACUCUACCAUAGUUUUGGGCUGGUUGGCUGCAUCACCGACGCAGCUCAAGACUUUCGUUCGGCAUAGAGUCUCCGAGAUACAGGAAACUGCGGAGGGGAGGCCUUGGCGCUACGUACCUUCUCUUUCUAACCCCGCAGACCUCUCUUCGCGUGGACUCAGAGCGGACAAACUGUUAUCGUCUUCGUUGUGGUGGUCAGGACCCCAAUUCCUUCUCGAAGACACAUCUUCCUGGCCUCAGUUUCCAGAACAAAAUCGCCAAGUUUUAAAUCUUCCUGAGAUAGUUUCUUCACACCAUAUUGACAUUCGUACUACAACUGAAAAUAUUAUUAAUUCAUUAUUUCCUAAAUAUUCUUCUAAUUUUUAUGCUUUACAACGUAUGAUGGCAUAUUUAUUACGGUUUUGUAACAAAUGUAGGAGAAGGUCUUCGGCUCACGGCCCACUCACAUCUACAGAAUUACAAAAUUCAUUACAUUUUCUUUGUACAUUGGCUCAACAGGAGUCGUUUCCUGAAGAGUAUUUCUUACUGUCCACAGGCAAACAACUGCCUGCUAAAAAUAAACUUCUUUCCUUAUCUCCAUUCUUUGACAGAAACUCUAACUUAAUUCGUGUUGGAGGUAGGUUAAGUAAUUCGUUCUAUGACUAUGAUGUUAAACAUCCUAUUCUCUUGUCUAGCUCUCAUGUAAUUUGUAAAUUAAUAUUCAAUAUGUACCACACACGCCUUAUGCAUCCAGGACCUCAGCUAUUACUUGCCACGAUUCGUCACCACUAUUUUCCGAUUGGGGGCAAGAACUUGGCUAAAACGGUUACACAUCAAUGCGUGAAAUGUUGCAGGAUCAAAGCAAGUACUAUCCAACCUAUGAUGGGCAAUCUUCCUGAGCAACGGUUACAUCUUGAGUUUCCCUUCUUAGAUUCAGGGGUCGACUAUGCUGGACCUAUCAUGAUAGCUGAUCGUAAGGGACGAGGGUGUAGACUUGUUAAGAGUUUUAUUUGUGUGUUUGUAUGUCUAGCCACCAGAGCCAUCCAUCUCGAACUCGUAUCGGACCUUACAAGGGAGGCUUUCUUGGCUGCCAUGAACCGUUUUAUUGCUCGUAGGGGAAAACCACGUAACAUUUUCUCCGACAAUGGCACAACGUUUGUCGGUGCUUUCAAUGAGUUAGCUAACUUACUUUCACAGGACUUAAACUUUAGCACUAUUGAUCCAGGAAUUAACUUUUCCUUUAUUCCUGCGUAUACUCCACACUUUGGCGGAUUGUGGGAAUCCGCUGUCAAAUCGACAAAACACCAUCUCAGAAGAGUUCUAAGUUUGACCAAUUUAACCUUCGAAGAGAUGGCAACAUGCUUAAUUCAAGUGGAGGCCAUCUUGAAUUCAAGGCCCUUAACUCCACUUUCCAACGACCCCUCAGACCUCACUCCUUUAACUCCAGCCCACUUCCUUAUUGGACGCUCACUUAUUUUGUUGCCUCAUCCACAGAUCGAGAGGGCCAACGUCAACCAUUUACAACGGUUUCGCCGCAUCGAGUUCCUGAAACAACACUUCUGGGCUCGUUUCUCUCAGGAAUACAUUGUGUGGCUGCAGGAGAGGACAAAAUGGCGCCAAUCUUCGGGAGAGCUGAAGGAAGGAACUCUCGUUGUCAUUAAAGACAAAAGCUUACCGCCUCUACUCUGGCUUUUAGGACGCAUCACACGGACGCUUCCUGGCAGGGAUGGCAUAUCAAGAGUCGCCGACAUCCGCACUCGUAAGGGUGUCAUUCGGCGAGCGUUCAACACCAUCUGCCCUCUACCUGUCUCUGUUGAAGACUCUUCAACCGGGGGAGGAUGUUGAGUCUUCGACUCAACCGCUUCCCGGCGUGUACGAGCGAGACAACGAAGCUAUCGCUGUCGCGGGCAGCGGGCUGCCGCGGACAGCGGGCCACCGCGGCUCGCCUGCGCAUCCGCGCGCCCCACCGACCAGUCAGCUGUUACACGCCACGACAUACGCCCGCGCUCGCGCUCUUAAUUUUCUUAUUGUUUGUUCGUAUUCAUAUUUCUUAUUUGUAACAGUCUGAUAUUUCAUUAUACUCAUUUUUAAUACAGUCCA